ACAUUGAAAGCAGUAACAGAGCCAGAGCAGACAACUCUUCAGAAUUCGAAACUCGUUAUGUCUUUAUUUUUUAAUCUGAACAUUUAUCUUCAAAUGCCCCAUGGUAUGGAAACAAAAGUUUCAACAAUGCGCCUUUGUUUUUACAAAUAGCUGCGUUUAGUUUUGACCACAACACAAACACGGUUGCCUAACUUGUCGCAGUUUUCCCGUGCUGGAUUAACGUUACCCACACAAGGACUAAAGAUAGGUCAGGCCUUCAGCAAAGAGUAGGAUGCCAGGUACAACGCCCCCUUCAGGCGGUGGCCAGCAGCACGACCAAGCAGUGGCCGCUACUCUGGAUCUCAUCUGCAGCGCGCCAGAGCAGAGCUACUCCCAGUUCCUGGCCUCCUUCACGCAGCUGAACCCAGAAACCCUGAGGACUGAAGAGCCAAGGGACACUCGCCGAAACGCUGGCCCUGAGGUCACGAGGGACGGCCGCGCAGGGGACGGGGUCGCCAAUCUGAGAAGACGGCGGGACGCGUCUGACCUGCCUGAGGUCACUGGCUUUUUAGAUCCUCCGUCUACGCCCUCUCCAGGGCCCCAACUGAGCAACAGCUUGGACAAUGCAGCCUUGAGGGUGGAGGACAACAACGAUGACUUACAAGGGUGCAGUCUGCUGCCAGGGGAGGUGGAGGAAAGGAGUCUGUCUACACACACCUCCUCCGUCAUCCACUCCACCCAGCUGGAGAUGUCCUCCACAGUAAACGCAACACACUCCAUCAGCUCGCAAUCGGGGGAACGUGUAACACACCCCACCAGUGAGCUGUCAGGGGAACAGGUGGACUGGGAAGAAGUGCAGCCUUUUCACCUGGAUGACAAUUUUGAUUAUGACCAUGUGGUGCUUACCCACAAGUACCCAACAUUUCCACAAAACCCUGCAGCUAACUGAAUUGUGUGUUUGUGUGUGUGUGUGUGUGUCUGACACAGAGAGAGAGAGAGAGAGAGAGAGAGAGAGAGAGAGAGAGAAUGUGUGUGUUUGUGUAUUUAUGUCCAAGAUGUAAUGUGGGUCUAUUUGAAUUGGCCAGAAGUCAAUUUGCAAAACUGACAAACUC